UAAAAAUAUAAAUAAAGAGAAAAAAGAUUAUGGGUGUAAAAGAGAUUAUCACUGUCAUCUCAGUAUUAUUAUUGCUUUUCCCUUCAACCGUUAAACCCCGAGCUGUUGGUGGUGCUCAACCUGCUGGAGGUCCGCAGGGAGGGGCACCGGAAGGUGGAGGAGGUGGUACUUUGGAUGUAGUUGCCCAAUUUGGAGCAAAGGCCGAUGAGAAAACAGAUUUGAGUCAGCCAUUGCUGAAUGCGUGGAAAGAAGCAUGCGCAUCGCCAGCUCCGUCCCAAAUAGUGAUUCCUGCAGGGACGUUCCUUUUAAGUCGAGCAGUCCUGGAAGGUCCAUGCAAGGGUCCUGUCGAUAUUCAAGUUCAAGGCACCAUAAAGGCUCCGCCUGAUCCUAGUCAUUUCAAAGACGAUAACUGGGUUAUUUUCAGCCGCAUCGAAGGGUUUACGAUGUCCGGCGGUGGUAUUUUCGAUGGCCAAGGAGCCCUUGCUUGGUCCAAGAAUGACUGUCAUAAAAAAAAAAAGUGUACUUUAUUUCCCGUUAACAUAAGAUUCAAUUUUCUGACGAACGCCUAUAUACAUGACAUAACCACCAAAGACAGCAAACAGUUUAAUGUUAAUGUUUUGGGAUGCAAAAACAUUACUUUCGAGCAUUUCACCGUCUUAAACCCCGAGCAUAGCUUAAACACCGAUGGAAUUCACAUCGGGCGAUCAGAUGGAGUCACUAUUCUGCACUCGGAGAUAAAAACGGGGGACGAUUGUAUUUCUUUGGGUGAUGGUUCUAAGAAUGUGGUCGUCAAUGGAAUUAGCUGCGGUCCUGGUCAUGGUAUUAGUAUCGGCAGUCUCGGAAAGUACCAAGGUGAAGAACCGGUUGCCGGAAUUAAAAUCGCGAACUGCACCAUCACUAAUACUAUGAAUGGUGUUAGAAUCAAAAGUUGGCCAGCCUCUUAUCCCGGCACUGCAUCGGAUAUGCAUUUUGAAGAUAUAACGAUGGAUAAUGUUAGCAAUCCUAUCAUUAUCGACCAACAAUAUUGCCCAUGGAAUCUAUGCGAUUUAAAGAAUCCAUCACGAAUUAAGCUUAGCAAUAUUAGCUUCAAGAACAUCCGAGGCACUGCUGCAGGUAAAGAAGCUGUGAAGAUUAUUUGCAGCGCCGGAUUCCCAUGUGAAGGUGUGGAACUCGCAGACAUUGACCUUACUUACACUGGACCCGAUGGACCUGCCAUAUCCCAAUGUUCCAAUGUCAGUCCCAAACUUAGUGGCAAGCAAAACCCUCCUAUAUGUGCAGCCCCUGCCCCAACAAGCCCCGGUGGCCAAGCAGGCCCCCCCAAAGCAAGCCCUGGGGGCAAAGCAAGCCCUGGCGGCAAAGCAAGCCUCGGUGCAACUGCUUAAUCAAAUAUUGGAGUAGAAUAUGAAAUUAUUCUUGUAAAUAAUGGGAGAAAACAUAUUCCCAGACAUUUAUUUUAAGUUCUUAGUCUUUUAUUUAUUUAGAUUUUUUUUUAUAAAUACCACGUAAAUGUCCAAUUUUUGGUUAUGUAAUUUACACGGGUACUCGUCGUUAAACCU